GAGAAAGCGGAAGAAAAGGAGCAGGAGAAGAAGGACGAGAAAAUGGAAACAAAAGAGCCUGAGCAGGAGAAGCAGGAUGACGACAAAGAGGAAGAUGAGAAGGCUGCUGAGGCAGAGGAGGAUCCUCCCAUGGAGAAGACAGACGUUGAGGAUGAUGAUGAGGAAGAGGAAAAAACAAGCGUAGCCGCUGAAGAGCAGGAAGAGGAAAAGGAGCAGGAAGAAGAGGAGGAGGAAAGCUAUGAUGGCGUCAAAUUCUCCCUCCUUUUCGGCAGUCAGGUGAGCAUGUGA